AUGGAAGGGUCUGUGAUGUUGGACCGGAGGUUCUCGUGUCUUCUUCUGCAGGCGGCAGCUCUGCUGCUGCUCAGCGAGGGAGAGAGGAUGUGCCCUGCGAGUUGCAGCUGUGAAGGAAAGAUUGUUUAUUGCGAGUCUGGCAUCCUCCAAGACAUCCCAGUAAACAUCUCCACAGGAUGCCAGGGUCUGUCUCUGCGCUACAACAACCUGCUGGUCCUGUUGCCGUACCAGUUUGCUCAUCUCCAUCAGCUCAUCUGGUUACAGCUGAACCACAACUCUCUCCAUACCAUAGAUGCUUUAGCCUUCCAGGGUGUGCGCAGACUCAAAGAACUCAUCCUCAGCUCCAACAGAAUCUCUCAUCUGCACAACAACACAUUCAGAGCCAUACCCAACCUGCGCAACUUGGACUUAUCCUACAACCAUCUGCGGGCUCUGCAGCCUGGACAUUUUUAUGGUCUACGCAGGCUACAAAACCUCCACGUCCGAUCUAAUGGCCUGAGGCAGAUCACCCUUCGUACCUUUCUAGGGUGCCGCAGCUUGGAGUUUCUGGAUUUGGGUUUCAAUCGCCUGCGGAGCCUCACUCGCACAACCUUUUUAGGCCUGUUCAAGCUGAGGGAGCUUCAUUUAGAGCAUAAUCAAUUGUCCAGGGUUAAUUUCUACAUGUUCCCACUCCUUACCAACCUCCAGGCUCUUUAUUUACAGAGGAACUGCAUACGAACUAUCAGUCACAGCGUGCCUUGGACCUGGAACAAACUACAGAAGCUGGAUCUGUCAGGGAAUGAAAUCCAAAUGUUGGACCCGGUGAUUUUCCACUGUAUGCCAAACCUACAAACACUUAACCUCGAAUCAAACAAGCUCAGCAGUGUGCCUGUGGAAGCUGUGGCAGCGUGGACCUCACUCACCACCAUCAGUCUGGCAGGAAACUCCUGGGACUGCAGCCCGAGCAUCUGCCCGCUCAUGGGAUGGCUGAGAAACUCCAAAGAUCCCAAAUUCAUCAGUAUGAUCUGCAGCAGCCCCGAGUCGGUGCGGGGCGAGCGAGUCGUGGAUAUCCUGAGGAAUCACUCGACCUGUACGGCUAUUCUCACUCUCACAUCAAACCAAGUUUUCAACAUCACCACUGACGUCUCUCUGUAUGAUUACACAGAUCUGGAUUUUACCCACUCACCUGUUGAGGGAUUUACUCCUUCAUCUGUCCCUCCUAUUGAGACAGACAGAAAGACGACAGAGUCGACAACCAUGAGCCCUACUUCCUCCAUCUCCCCUGAACCCCCUACGUCAUUAAUCCCAGAGCUACAGUUCAAGCAUAUGGCUUUCUAUAAAAUCAUAGCAGGCAGCGUAGCGCUGCUCCUGUCAGUGUCAUUGAUCCUCCUGGUUAUCUAUGUGUCAUGGAGGCACUACCCCAACACCAUGAGGCAGCAGCAGCACUCAGUCACUGAUUAGUAAUAUAAAUGUAGCCCGCUGGUAAAUAAGGGGUUAAAAGAUUUAAUGUUUACGUGCAUAUAACGUUUAAAUUAAUGUAAUGUCUAAAUAAUAGAAAUGCCA